CAGACAGGUUAGAGUAGCUGUUGUCAGUUAUACCUCUCUUCUCUAUGCGGUAACAGCUGAUUGACUACUCUCCGCGAUGCAUCACGACUUUCGCAUAUCUGUGCUAGUGUCAUCUCUCCUGGGGUUACUGACCACUUGUGACGCUGUUCGGCCCAACAUUGUCAUCAUUUUGGCUGAUGAUCUCGGGUGGAAUGACGUUAGUUUCCACGGGUCAGACCAGUUCUCUACCCCUAACAUCGACGCCUUGGCGUACUCCGGGGUUAUUCUCCAGGACUACUACACCCAGCCGAUCUGCACACCGGCCAGGGCCGCCCUGCUCACCGGCAGACACCCCAUAAGCAACGGUAUGCACCAUGACGUCAUAUAUGCGUCACAACCGUGGGGUCUGCCACUGUCCGAGCGUCUACUGCCACAACACCUCCAGUCUCUGGGUUACAUGACACACGCGGUGGGCAAGUGGCACCUAGGGUUCUACAAGGCUGGCUACACACCCACACAACGAGGCUUCCACUCCUUCUUCGGCAGCUGGCUCGGCCAUCAGGACCACUUCAAGCACACUCUGGGACUGAAGAUCCACCGCCAACAAAAAGCUCGCUACUCAACAGGCUAUGACAUGCACAGGGACCUGAACGUCUCCUGGGAAGGUGUGGGCAAAUACUCCGCGGAUCUGUACACCGAAGAGGCGGAGUCAGUGAUACACCAGCACAACUUGUCCAGACCACUGUUCCUGUACCUGUCUCACACUGCACCCCAUUCCCCCUAUCAGGCACCAGACCACACCAUCGCCAGGAUGAGACAUGUCACUCCCAAGAAACGUAGGAUAUAUUCAGCAAUGGUGACCAAAGUGGAUGAAUCCGUAGGGCGAGUGACUCAGGCCCUGAAGGAUAAGGGCAUGUUGAACAACUCCAUCAUACUCUUCCUCUCUGACAACGGAGGUUCAGUUGCAGGUCAUGGCGGUAGUUACAGCUCCAACUGGCCUCUUAGAGGGGGCAAGGACACUCUGUGGGAAGGAGGUGUGCGAGCUGUAGGGCUGAUUUGGAGUCCUCUUUUGACGGGAACUCCCAGAGUUCACCGAGGACUUUUCAACGUCCAAGACUGGCUUCCGACCCUACUUUCUGCUGCCGGAGCUCCUGCCUACUUGAAAAAAGGCCAGAUAAAGACGGAUGGAGUAAACCAAUGGGAAACUCUGAACGGUUCUGAACGACCUCCUUACGAGUCCAUGCUCCACAAUAUCGACAGUGUGAGGAAAAUCGCUGCCCUCCGAUACAAGAAUUGGAAGCUUGUAAUAGGUAGAACAUAUCACGGAAGGUAUGACAGCUGGCUUGGUAAACUGAGCGCCUCUCGCCGGGACUACACUCUUGAUGCUGUGAGAGACAGUUUCGCAGGGAGAGCUAUCCAUGACUCUCCAGCGUCUCUCCCUCGACCUCCUGUGAUGCUGCGUCUCCGGAAACAAGCCUCCAUCUCGUGCCCAUCUCUUCCACGUGAGGACAAAUCUUGCAAACCUCACAAAAAUCCCUGCCUCUUUGACAUCGAGAAGGACCCCUGUGAGCUCACAGACUUGGCCAAGUCUCACCCUCAGUUGGUCCGCCAGAUGAACGCUAUGCUGCAGAAGUACCGGCCAGUGAAGCCCAACAAUCGCCGCAGAGACUACCGCAGCUAUCCUCACCAUUGGAACAACACGUGGACCAACUGGGGUGACCUGGUAUAACCCUUACUGGCAUAACCUAGUAGAUAGGACAUUUUGGGGAUGAUGACUGAUGAUAACACUAAUUCUAUUAAUGAGCACUGUAUAAUACAAACUUUUACCAGUAUAAAAUAUGUCUUUGAAGCUU